AUGACUGAUUGGGGAAUAACAAUUGAAGAUGGGAUAUCUGUUGCCGUUUUAGAGAUUCUUGAUUUAGAAAUAUUUCAAAGGGACCAAAUUAUUUUAGGUGUUAAUAUUCAGAAUAGUUUGCAACUUAUAUAUUACGAUAAAGCAUAUCUAAACUUGUGUGGUAAAAAUAGACAGAGGACUCCAAAUGAAGAGGAUGGGGUUAAACAAAUAAUACUGCAAUGCUACGACGAUGUGAUAUCCAUAUAA